AUGACACCCCCACAGGGAUAUCACAAAGCCCAGCCAGGGGAUUUUUGUUUGCUAAAAAAGUCCUUAUAUGGGCUUAAACAAGCCUCUAGGCAAUGGAACAUUGAAUUCACCAGCUUUCUCAAAAAUUUAGGCUUUGUGCAAUCUCCUCAUGAUCACUGCCUGUUUACACAGCAUACUGGAACUUUAACUGUGAUAUUACUUGUCUAUAUUGAUGAUAUCAUUCUCACUGGAAACUCUAUUGAUGCUAUAACUAAGUGCAAGCUUGCUUUACAUUCGAAGUUUACUGUUAAAGAUUUGGGGCCCAUGAAAUAUUUUUUGGGUCUAGAGAUUGCUAGAUCCAAUCAAGCAACCUUCAUUAGUCAAACUAAAUAUAUUUCAGAUGUACUGAAGGAUGCAGGUAUGUUCAAUUGUAAGCCUGCCUCCUGCCCUUUACCUCAAGGUUUACACUUAUCUCCUGAUACAAGGGAGCCUUUUGAUACACCUGACAUGUAUAGAAGGCUCCUUGGCAGAUUGCUUUACAUUAAUCUCACAAGGCCUGAUAUUUGCUAUGCUGUCCAGCAUUUAAGCCAGUUUAUGAGCAUGCCUCGAAAGCCCCAUUGGGAGGCUGCUUUACAUUUGCUUCGUUAUCUUAAAGGGUCCUUGCAACAAGGCCUUUAUUUUCCUGUAAGUGCUGAUAUGUCACUAAAUGCAUAUUGUGACUCUGAUUGGGCUGCUUGCACCCAUUCCAGAAAGUCACUUUCUGGUUAUUGCAUAUAUUUGGGACCUUGCCUUAUCUCUUGGAAGACUAAGAAACAACCUACUGUUUCUAAAUCCUCAGCUGAGGCUGAGUAUCGUGCCAUGGCUAACACAGUAUGUGAGCUCCUCUGGAUUAGCUACAUUUUGCAGGAUUUGCAGGUUACUGUCCCAUUGCCAAUCCCACUGCACUGUGACAGCAAGGCGGCCAUGCAUAUAGCUGCGAACCCGGUAUUUCACGAACGCACCAAACACAUCGAAAUAGACUGCCACCUCGUCAGAGAUCAGCUUCAGCAGGGAUUCAUACUGCCUCACUAUCUCCCCACUGAAGAACAGUUGGCAUACAUCUUUACAAAAGCCUUGCCAGCAUGUCGUCAUGUUAAUCUCACUCACAAGUUGAACCUUUUGCCUUUACCAGCUUCAACUUGA